AUGAUAACUAUAAAAGUACCAUGUUCAUCUGCGAAUAUUGGCCCGGGCUUCGAUGUCAUUGGUCUUGCCUUGUCAAUCUGGCUUGAACUUCGGGUCGAGAUUGAAUCUAAAGCCUCCGAUGUACCUCUCAAUUGCGUGAUCACGUAUGAGGGCGAAGGUGCCGACGAGGUCCCAUUGGUAGCUGAUUCCAAUCUGAUCACGAGAACGGCCCUGUACGUCUUGAGGUGCCACGGCCAAAGAGCCUUUCCAGCCGAGACCAGAGUUCAUAUCAUCAAUCCUAUUCCUCUGGGGCGUGGUCUGGGUUCUUCUGGAGCUGCUGUGGUAGCAGGCGUGGUGCUUGGGAACGAGGUUGGCAAACUUGGCUUAACCAAAGCUCGAAUGCUGGACUACUGUCUAAUGAUAGAGCGACACCCGGAUAACGUUGCAGCUGCGUUGUAUGGGGGGUUUGUUGGAACCUAUUUAAAUGAUCUGAGCAAAGCAGAUUCAGAGAGGAAAGAGAUUCCACUUAGUGAAGUGCUCCCAGAGCCAGCAGGUGGUGUGGACACAGGGAAAGCUCCACCGGAGCCGCCGAUCGGAAUCGGUCACUAUAUGAAGUUCCCAUGGGCAAAGGAGAUCAAAGCUAUUGCUAUCAUUCCUCACUUUGAAGUAGCUACAGCCGAAGCGAGGGGGGUACUACCAAAGUUAUACUCCAGAGCAGACGUGGUCUUCAAUCUCCAGAGAAUAGCCCUCCUCCCAUCUGCACUCGGUAGAUCACCACCAGAUGCUGAGCAGAUAUAUCUGGCGAUGCAAGACAAGGUUCACCAACCAUAUCGAAGCGGCCUUAUACCAGGUUUGCCAGAGAUCCUGCAGUCAGUGACUCCGAAAUCUCACCCAGGUCUGUGCGGUAUUUGUCUUUCCGGGGCUGGUCCAACGAUACUUGCUCUAGCAACAGAGAAUUUUGAUGGGAUUGCCAAAGUUAUAUUAGAAAUGUUUGCAAAAAAAGACAUCAAGUGUGAAUGGAAGCUGCUAGAGCCGGCAGAAGCUGGAAUGACGGUCACAUAUAGCUGA